AUGAAACUAUGCAAGAUUUUCCGAUUUUUAUUGUUUAUUUUUGGAUUUUGCAAUGUGGUAUUAAGCUAUUUUAUAUUACCUGGAAAUGAUAGUGUAUAUUUUCAGAGAAGAAAACGUUCGAAUAGAAACGAUAUAGAAAAUGCUCAGGAAUUAUUACGUGGAUUUCUUCGCUUAUCAGCUGAUAUACCACUUACGCCAAAACGUCGUUCCAAUUUUGCAUCUGGACAUAUAAAUUAUAAAGUAAUUGAUCGGACAGAAUAUGCGGUAAAUAAACGAAUUCUUAAUGAUGUUUUUGAAUCGGAUCUUGUCUUAACAACUCCACAAAUGAGAGAUAUUAUUAGCGAUUUUCAACGAAGAAGAAAUAAACGGAAAGUGAUUGUUGGUGAUACAUUUCGAUGGCCACAUCAAACUGUCCCGUACUUUCUAAAAGAAACUGAUCGUGAAUGGAGACGUACGAUACUUAAUGGAAUGAGUAAAUGGGAACGUGAAACGUGCAUACGUUUUAAAGAACGUACCACUGAAAAAGAUUACGUGUAUAUAUUUCGAGGAGCUGGAUGUUAUUCGAGCGUUGGUAGAAUUGGUGGCAAACAAUAUACAUCCAUUGGUUAUGGUUGCGAAAGCGGUGGCAUCGUUGCGCAUGAAUUAGGACAUGCGCUUGGAUUUUGGCAUGAACAGAGUCGACCAGAUCGUGAUAAGUAUAUAAAUAUUAACGAAGAGCAUAUAUAUCCAGGUACUAAGGGAAAUUUUGAAAAAAGGAGUGAUAUUGCAGUUAUGGAUGUACCCUAUGAUUUUGGUUCCGUAAUGCAUUACGGUCCGCAGGCAUUUACUAAUGAUUAUCAUUAUGUGACUAUUGAAACGAAAGAUCAUCGUUUCCAGCAUACAAUCGGUCAAAGGAAUGAUCUUUCCUUUAUUGAUAUCAAAGAAGCAAAUCUAAUGUAUUGUAGCGAUAAAUGUAAAGUGAAAUUGAAUUGUUUGAACGGUGGUUAUGAAGAUCCACGAAAUUGUGCCAUUUGUAAAUGUCCUACAGGAAGUGCUGGCAUACGUUGCGAAAGUAUACCACGAUCUAACGUGGGUUGCGGAGGUGAAUUAUUUGCUGGUGAUAAUUGGCUUACAUUAAAGAGUAGUAUCGUUGGAAAUUGCUUCUGGCGAAUAACUGCACCCUAUGGAAAAGUGCAUUUAGAGGUAUUGGAUGCAACAUAUGUGUGUGAUUCAUCAUGUGCCGAUAAUUAUCUUGAAAUAAAGCAUGGUACAAUCCUGGAACAAACCGGAUUCAGGCAGUGUUGCAAUGCUGCACCAGGUGUUAUUAUUUCGGAGACAAAUCAAAUUUACAUCAUGUCCAUUGCUUUAAAAGCUCCAGCUAAUUUUACAAUUCGCUAUAUUCGAGAUUCUAAAUCGAAUCCGUUACCUAAAGCACCGCCAGCACGAUGGGAAGGUUACGGUGGAUUAACUGGAUUGAUUGGAGCUGAAAAUGGUAUUGAUAAUACCUGGGAGCAUGUUGUCUUGAAAGAGCUUCCAAGAACUCUUCAAAAUUUUGGUCAACCAUCUACAGAUAUUUUUUCAGAUAUUUCUCGUAUUUUGAAAAUAUUUUUUAAUCAAGGAUGA